GAAAUCCUUUAUCUGAAUUAUAAAGGUACAUUGUAGAAUCUUAACAGUAUGGCAAUUCCAUGCAAAUUCAACUUGGUAUCAAACACUUGAGUGAGCACAACUCCAAACCAAAAGUUGUCAAAGGCAGACUCUACACUCAAAGAAUUUAUCCCAAAGAAAACAACCCUUUAAUCACUAAUAUAAAGAGAGCCCUCAUGCCCAAAUCACAAGCUAAACAAAACCCAAAAAAUUAAAACAGAAUGGAUUGGUUCUACCCAAAGAGAAGAGGUCCACAGUGGAAACAAGGGUGGGCAAGCCAAACCUUGACUUCAUUUUCAUCACCACCAUCACCAUUGCUCACAAUUUUUGGCAUUGUUUUUCUCUUGUUGUGGGUAUCUCAGUACACAGGCUACAAGGCUCAGUUGCACACCACAGCACUCAACUUCCAGCUAUUUCUCUUCUUGUUGCCACUUCUAAUGAUUCUCUUCAUAGCUUCUUAUUAUUCUGCUGCUGGUUACGCCUUCCGGCUUUCACGGCUUGAUCAUGGAUCGACAUACCAGACAGCUGCCGGGGGCAUGCCAUGGGGCAUUGCCGGGCUGGUGGUGGUACUUCUGGUUUUGGUCUCUUAUCAGUCUUCAUUUCAUUCAAAGUGGCUUGGAGGAAGUUGAGUUGGUUAAGUAGAACACAAAUUAUAAAGGUAUAUUGAUGUAUUGAGAAUAAAAAAAUGUAAUUAUACAUCUCAUAGAUUGAAGUUUACUAGUGCAA